AUUUCAGGCGCCAAUAAUAAACAAUCAGGCGAGCGGCUCGAAGAUACAUGCUUGACGUGUGACUUGCACGCGUGAGCUCUCACAGCUCUGCCUUGAUUCUUUUUGUCACGAGCAUCGAUCGAUUAGCACGAAGGGAUCCCGAAGGUGAAGUAUAUUGUUGCCCUCGGAGCGGAAUAUGACCCUCGUGAUCUCAUCAACCCGCUCGUGAGCGGGCCGUUGUGACGGUAAGUAGGUGUGCGCGGUCUCCGUUCGUCAGGAUUAUUGCAAUGACCCUGUGAUACGAUCCGCUAAUCGGAUAUUUCUCGCAAUAUAAGAUGACGAUCUUAUGGACUCGACAAGUCAGUUCUUCUGCUCCACGAUGUUCCUACAAGGUGUAAAGCUUGCAUUUGCAUUGUUGGCACUCGGUACGCCAUCCUGGGCGGUUGGUGUCACGCCUGGUCAGAUCAAAAACUUCGUCACUUUUGGUGACUCCUACACUGAUUCCUCUUACUAUCCCACUGCUGAUGGAGGCUAUGCCUGGCCGACAUGGGCGGCGAUGUAUGGUGACUUGAAUCUCUAUGGCUUCGCUCGUUCCGGGGCAACAUGCUCGAACCUGCUUACCUACCGGCCCUUCCCUCCGAUCAUGGGUUGGCAACUCCCUGCUUACCUGAAUGAGACGAAAAAUGGCACGCUAGAAUUAGACCCAAAGGAGACGAUGUACACCAUCUGGAUUGGAACCAACGAUCUGGGUGCCAACGCGCUGAUCACCGGAAGUAAUGCCCCCUCCACGUCAAUUGUCCAGGUCAGGCAAUGCGCCAUCGAUGUCCUGAAGACCUUGUACGAGAGCGGUGCUAGGAACUUCAUCAUGCAGAACAUCCUUCCCCUUGACCUGACAAUCCUGUACUCUAAUUACUCGUACCCCAGCAGGUACUGGGACCUGGAACGCAACACAACCGAAUGGAACGUGUAUAUGAAGGAGCUGGUACGCGCAGGGAAUGAAAUAACAUCCCUCAUGCUCGACGCGCUUGUGCCCACGCUCCCUGGUGCCCAUAUUGCAUCCUUUGACUCCUACGCGCUUUUUACCGACAUGUACAACAACCCUCAGAACUACUUUAAUGGCACUGCACCAUAUAACGUAACGGGCUGCAUAAAUUCAUGUGUGUAUACCACGAACAGCACGGCAGCACCAACCUGUACAGUCGCCAAUGGGACCGACCGUGACAGCUUCCUGUGGUACGACGAACUUCAUCCAUCGCAGCAGUCCGACAGAAUCGUUGCUAGAGAGAUAACCGCUGUGAUGAAAGGAGAGCAGAACCAGUGGACGACGUGGCUGAGUUAAGUCGGUCGCAUUUGCAGAGUCUUCAAGGGUAGUAGAUCAUGCUUCAGAACAACCGGGAC